AUCAGUUACUUUCUAGUUGAUUUACAGUGAAUCCGAGAAAAAUGAAAACCAUUUUCACGAUCAUCUUAGCUGUUGCACUGGUCUCGGAAGCUAAAGUUGCUCCGUCCAGUACUACCAAUUCUCAGGGAUCUACUGAAGUUCAACUGACCGAACUUAUCAAUCAGGCUCAAACGAACAUCAACAAUUUAGCCAAACAAAUUCAGGAACAAUGGAAUAUCCCCGAUCAAGAGACUAUUGUAAAAACUGUCAAGGAACAGAGCACCAACUUCAUUACCAAUAUCCAAAGUUACAUGAAAAACAUUACUGAAGAGGUCAAGACUAAGACACCAGAAUUGGAAAGACUAUGGGACGGCGUUAAGGUCAAGCUUAACAAAGUCGUCGAAGAUAUUAAUAGUGGAAUUCCGAACGCUCAGCAACAAGUCAAUGAAUUGCAAACUAAAUUCCAAGAAGGAGUUCAAACCGUACUCAAGGAAUCCGACAAAGCCGCUAAAUCUCUGGGCCAACAUUCUGGAAAAAUCCAGGAAGAUCUUGCGAAAUUCACGAAACAGGCUGUUGACAUUGCCGUAGAAGCAACGCAAAAUCUAAACAAUCAACUUCAGGCUGCCGCAGCUCAGAAAAGCUGAACAGCCAAACUUCCUCAGGCUUGAAAAUGUAUUAACUACAUGAAGAAAGAGAAGAAUUUCAACAAAAUUUUUCAAUAACUAACUCUGUGAAAAAUGUAUUUUCUUACAAUUUCGCUACAGAUAGGUUUAUUUUUAUUCACUCUCAAUUAUUUUGUAUUAUAUUGUAAGUUAAAUACAGGCAAGCUAAUAAGUUAAA